AUGCUCUCAUUCUUGCUCCACGGAGAACUUCUGAUGUUCACUCCUAAAUAUCCCUAUGCUGUACCAGCUACUAUAGCUCCCGUAGAGGCGGUGAAAGGAGUUUUACCAUGGUUGAGCGCUAUACUCCUCACAGUGAGAAGCUUGAAACUUGGUCAGGGUGGCUUGAUAUUUCUUGGCGCACAAAAUGGAUUUCACAAUAACUUAAUCAUUGACUGUCUACUGAUCACCUUAGUAAUGAUUUUUAUGCCAUUCUUUUACUCGCUAUUUCAUAUCAUCGCUAUAGACUCGUAUAUCUUGGAGAUGGUGAAUGGUGAUAUUAGCAAAGUGAAAGCUGUCGGUAAGUACCUAAAACAGGCUUACUUCUAGCG